CGCACAUAAAUUUCAACGGAUAGCGCCAUAUUUGACUCAUAAUGUUUUGAAAUCAACGUAAGAUUAAGUUGGGGUUUUUCAUCGUAUUCUAAACAGAUAAAGCUAUGGACCUAAACUCACCCUCCUUGCAGAGGGGUGAUUCUGUCUUCAGGCACCCGUCCAGUGUGACCACGCCUACGAACUUUAUCUCUCCAUCGACGACGUCCAGGCGUCAUCCCUCCCAACUGACCAGCCAGUCGUCCCUUCAAUCCCAUCACACUGUACCGGAGAACGAUGACGCUGCUGAGAGGAGACAGAGGAGGAGAUCUAAGGUGCUUGAGAUGCAGAGGCAGUUUCAGAGCCCUGGAACACCAAGUGAGAGGCGGAGAUCACUGCCAUUGAAUGGUCUCAAUGCAGGACAAGUAACCGACCACUAUGCAAACUGCAUCAAACUAUCAACGGAAAAUAAAAUAAAUGCAAAGAAUGCAUUCGGUCUGCACCUGAUUGACUACAUGGCAGACCUACUCAAGGAGAAGACAGGAGAAAUGACCAACUUCCAGGUUGCAAGCUGCACGUUGGAUGCAAGUGCUAAGAUCUAUGCCGGCCGUGUAGACUCGAUUCAUGCUGAUACUUACAAGAUGUUAGGGGGUCUCGGACACGGUGACAGGCAAAACAAAGAAGGGGAAGAUGGCUCUACAGAUGCCGGCGAGAGGGGAACAAAUGCAACCAAGAAAAACAAAAAGGCACGACACUCCAACACGAUAGAAAGCAAUCUGAAAAAUAUCAACCUCAACAAACUGGAUCUCGGAUUUGAGAUGGACCCAUUGUUUCACAAGACCUCAGCAGCAUUUGAUGAGGGGGGUACUUAUGGCCUUUUGCUGAACCACCUGGUGUGCAGGGAUGAUGAUUGUGAACUGCUGCUGGACUCAACGGAGUUAGUCAGCUCAACAUUCACCCAGACUGAACCGCUUCAUCCGGCCAAGCAUGAAGGGGUUGACUUGGCCGACCUCAAAGACUCAUACACGGGAGUGAACUUCGGCGGUCUACAAAUAUGUCCAGCCUUUUCCGACUUUGAGUUUACCAAUUGGAAUAAAGAUGGACAGGAGGAUUUCAGCGUAAUGAUCAGUAAGAUGGCAAAGAGCGACCAGGCGUUCGACGUCAACGCUGUCCCCGAACCCCUGGAAGAGACCAACAACGGCGGCCAUCAUGAUUUCGGCACAGACCAUUACGACGCAGGGGGUUUCAGUGAUGAUGACAAUGAUUACGACGGAGGGGAAAGCGGCGGUGUUGGCUCGAUGGGGGAGCAGUCUGUAUUCAUGGCGGACGGGCAGGAGGCUCAGAUGAUUGGGUCAAGUGGGUGCCGAACACUGUCUACAGCCGGUCAGCUUUGCCUCCAGCUAUCUCUUCAGCCGACGGAGUAUUCCUACUUCGAUAUGGAUAAGCUUAGCACAUGGGCAGGACCUCAGCACUGGAAACUCAAACCGCAUUCUAAAGACAAAGGGGAAGAAAAAGGGAAGAAAUCGCAGACCAAGAAACCUGUCUUCCGAAUUGACUUUUCCCAGGAGGUCGACUUUGCCAAGUAUUUCUCAGAGUCAAAAGCGGCGACAACAUUAUCUAAGGCUACCCUCGACAAGAAUAAGAAGAAUUCCAACACACUCCCUGAAGACCUCCAUUACGAUCCAGAUGACCUCUUCAAGCUGUUCCUCAAACCAAACUUUGUCAUCAGAAAGCAAGCCAACAGUAGCGACAACAUCGACGACGGUAUAGAGGGGUAUGAUUACAAUAACGCCAACGACUGUGCAAAUUUCUGUCCCAAUACCGGGGCUGAUGAUGAUGAUCAUGAUGGAGGAAUGGACUUCUGCAGUGAGCCGAGUGACUUCAGUCAGACUUGCUCUCAGAGUAGCUUCAUCAACGAUAGCGUCUUUGACGCUACAAUCCUGCAGGGAGAUAAACUAGUCGCUCAGCCUCACAAGGUUGCUAAGAUUGACAUCCAGUAUGCCAGGACGGCCAAGAAGAUGGACGUCAAGAAACUCAAAGCUGUCAUGUGGGAGCAUCUGAUCACCGAGCCGGAACAAGACAAGGAGAAUGUGCCCUCCCAUAACGACCUGACCAAGAGGACGUCCGUAGCUGGCCUGCAGUCCUUCAAGGAUUUGUACGAGCAGAUUCCAGCCAAGCUGUCCAGGACAAUGUCAAAGAAUCUCAGCAUUCCCAUUGCAUUUGUCUGUCUGCUCCAUCUCGCUAAUGAGAAGAGCUUGAAGAUCAUCUCGGACAAUGAAGAUCUUGUCAUCACCCAGGAUUGACCUUCGACCUGUGAAAUUCAGUAGAUUUGAACACAGCGGGAAUGCCUUACAUCUGUUUCUUCAUUCACUUGGACUAGACUGGACGGAGAAUUUGUUUCAUGUGGGCCCAGUUUCAUAGAGCUAAUUGAGCAAUUUCCGGACUAGAAAGCAGUUACCAACCAAAAUGCCAUGUCAUGUGCACAGUUUGUGAAUGGUUCCCUGUACACUAUUGCUAAGCAGAAAGUUUCUUCUGCUUAAGCAGACCUAUGAAACUUGACCCUUAUCAUUGGGGUACUUCAAUCUAAAGAGGAACAAAACUACUUUAUUUUCAUCUAUAUCAGAACCUUUUCAGAGAAGUUUCCUAAAUUGUCUUGGUUAUAACAUACCUAAUUUUGUGCCGCUGUAAUUUAAAGGAAUGGCGUCCUUGUUUUUUUUAUUUUAAAGUGUUGUACAUACAUGUAGAAAAAUCAAUGUUUACUAUCGAAUUGGAUGAGUGCUGUAAAUUUGCUUUUUAAACAUUUACCUAGUCUCGGUUUGCAUUUACUUUUAUUUUACAUGCUGUUUUAUUUGAGUUGCGCUCACUCAUAGUGCAGGUAUUUGUUUGUCUUUGUUUAGUCCGACACUUGAAUGGUUUAGUAUCAUACAGGGAUAGCUUUACAUUGUUGGCAAACUUAGUGUAACUUUUUUUAAAGAGAUAUCGCCAAUUUAAAGAGAUAUCACACAGUAGCGCAUAUAAAUGUUGCACAGGUUGCAUACUCUGAGAUGGUUUAAGGAAUGAAUUAAGGCCCAGUGACCAGGGGUAAUAGUUUUGGAAGUGCUUUGAAACGCCCUCCGGGUGUAAAAAGGGCUAUAAAAAAGCUGGUUACUAUUAUUAUUAUUAAGGCCGGACAGCCACUUCAAGGUGAAGGCUAUGGACUGUCACCAGAGGCGCA